AUGACUCUGCCGUCUGCUCAGUCCCGCAGUAAGCGCGAUCAGAUUGGAGUAUUCGAUUACACUGACGAGGAUGAACAUGACGAAGAGGUGUCGAAGAAACUCCUUCGAAAGUUCGAUUCCCCAGUAACUAAAUCGUCCUCCCGCGACAUCGAUAAGUACGACUUUCUUCAAUUCUUUUCUCAGGAAAACCAAAGCGAGAGCAAAGAACCCAAAGAACCGGACCACAUAGUUAUUGAUAUUGAAGUCUCAACAAAUGAAGAGAGGUCAAUGUGUGAACUCAGAGGACGUGGAACUGUUGACCUGAUUGAUUUAAUCUCUGAUGGCUCCCAUGGAAGGACUAGAAUCAAUUCACCAACUUCUUCUCUGUCGGAAAAUUAUGAUGCUUCAACUGGAGAAGAAGCCACAAAUUCUGCUGCUGAUCCGCAUGAAGUUGUUUCCGAGAAUUCACAAGUUCUCAUUAUCCCUGAUGUUAUUGUAUAUGGAGAUAUAUAUUGUACAGAAUCGAGGUUAACAUUUUCCGGCAACUGUAUGAAUGUUGAAAGUUCAUCAGUAAAUGCAACUGAAGAGACCUUCAGCUGUGAGUGGACAAUAGAAGAUAUCAUCAAAAUUGAGUCUCAAUGGUAUUUGGAGGUUGAGACUGCCUUUGUCAAUGUCCUUCUGAAGUCCAGGGACCCUAACGGAGUUAAUAGUGCGAAAGAGAGUUCAGGCAUUGAUCUACUAAAAUUUUCCGUUAAUAACCCUAAGUGGUCUGAAGAAGUAGAAACCAUCAAAUUGCUGCACUCGAGAUACGAGGAUAUUUGGUUUGACAUCAUAACAGAAAGUGCUUGUCGUGGACACAAUUUGGGAAUUUCACUCACCAAUCUCGCUGAUUCAUUUGAAGACCUAAUUUACCCUCAAGGAGACCGAGAUGCUGUAGUAGUUAGGAAGCAAGACAUUGAGCUUUUGAAGCCAAGGCGUUUCAUCAACGAUACAAUCAUUGAUUUUUACAUCAAGUACCUUAAGAGUCGAAUUCCACCAGAGAAACGGGACAGAUUCCACUUUUUCAAUUGUUUCUUUUUCCGCAAGCUGGCUAAUUUAGACAAAGGUUCACCUAGCACUUUUGGGGGAAAGGAAGCGUACCAACGCGUGCAGAAGUGGACUAAGAAUGUGGAUAUUUUUGAAAAAGACUAUAUAUUUGUUCCUAUCAACUGCAGUUUCCAUUGGAGUCUAAUUAUCAUCUGUCAUCCCGGUGAAUCGGUUCCUUCUCAUGCCGAAAACACACCAAGGGUUCCCUGCAUCUUGCAUUUGGACUCAAUCAAAGGAAGCCACAAAGGUGGGCUCAUCAACAUUUUUCCUAGUUACCUACAUGAAGAGUGGAAAGCGAGGAAUGGAGAUGCAACAAUUGAUUUCUCAAAAACUCCAAAUAUGCAGCUCAUCUCACUUGAGCUCCCGCAGCAAGGGAAUUCGUUUGACUGUGGCCUCUUUUUGCUCCACUAUAUGGAACUUUUUGUUGCUCAAGCUCCUGCUAAAUUCAAUCCUUCCCUUAUCCCAAGAUCGGCAAAUUUUCUAACUAGGAAAUGGUUUCCUGCAAAAGAAGCUUCACUGAAGCGUGGAUACAUAUUAGAAUUGCUUUACAAUCUCCACAAAGGUCAUGAUCCAAGUAAACCGUCUCAUUCUGGAGUAUUCGACAUUCUUGAUCUAGAAACUGAAAGCAAGAGUGAGGAAGAGAUCUGUAGCCAGAGUAAACCAGUUGAUGGUUCCUCUUCACCAGUCACAUCCAUUCCCAAAACAAAGACUUGCUCGCCGGAUCUGAUUCUUAGCAAAGAAACUUUUUACUCCGGAGGUUAUGACCCUGAGACUUGUAAGCGCCGAAAGGUCUUUAUGUCGCCUAUAGAGGAAGAAGUUCAAGAGAGUGGUGAGAAAGAGAAAGAAACAGAUUUGCCAAUGGACAUAAAAGACUUUCUUUGUCAAGAGAUAGAAACACUACGAAAAGAGCAAUGUAUGCUUCAUAUUGAGGACAGUGAUGAUGAAGAAAGUUCUGUAGUAGAAUACGUCCCUGAUUCCCAAGAUUACGUCUCUGAUUCCGAAGAUGCAUGUGAAGUUGAGAUGCGAGAAGAAGACGAUGAUGAAUUGAUUUUACUUACUGGAGAAUCCAAAGAGAUUCAUAAAACCAGAGAUCUCAAAUCUGUUUCAGCACCGAUCGAAAAAGGAGUCCACAACAAGAGCAAGAGUAGAGAUAUAGCUGUUGGUUCUUGCUAUAAUGACAUUCUUCUUGUGUUGUCUGAUGAUGAAAGAAGCCCAGCAGCAAGCGAUGAUCUUAAAGACAAAGGAAAGUUCUUAACUACAAGUUCUAAUGUGAUGGCCAAGAGGCCUAAGACUUGA